CUGCAAAAAAAAGUAGUAGUAGUUUUCUAGAAGUAUAAUAAUUGGAUUGAGAAGUGGUCUUCUCUGCUUCUUUCCUUGGUGAUUCCAAAGGCGGAUAGAUGGGAAAAAUAUCAGAUAAAAAUGGAAAACUUUGACCCUCCCCCAUUUUAUUUGAUUCAUUCAAUACACUGCCUGACUCUCUUCAUCUCAAUCUCAUUUGCCAACUCUCUCUCCCCCUCUAUUUCUCUCUCUGAUGUGUGUUCUUGUUUGAGUUCAGAUCAGUCGCAGAGCCACAAUAAGAGAGCAAAAUAAGGGCCCUGUGGGAUAUUGACACAUUGAUAUAACUGCCAAGUCUUUAGAAUUCUCUGUAGUAUUGUUGGUUCUUUUUUUUUUUGUUUUUACAAAAUACAGAAAUGGCAGAAGUUCAUGAUCAACUAGAGAUCAAGUUUCGCUUAUACGACGGUUCUGAUAUCGGUCCUAAAUCAUUUCCCGAUGCUACCACUGUUGCUGCAUUGAAGGAGACUGUCAUCUCUCAGUGGCCAAGAGAGAAGGAAAAUGGACCGAGAACAGUGAAAGAGGUCAAGUUGAUAAGCGCAGGGAAAGUUUUGGAGAACAACAAGACGGUUAAAGACUACCGAAGCCCUGUCUCUACUCUCGUAGACGCUGUUACCACAAUGCAUGUCAUCAUCCAACCUCUGCUUACUGAAAAAGAAAAGAAGCCUAAAGAUGGUGAUCCCAAGAUGAACAAAUGUGUAUGUUCAAUCAUGUAAGAGAGAGUGACAGAUUUGUUGUUUGGUUUUAGAUCAAAAGAGUGAACGUUUUUUUUUUUA